AUGGUUCAGUUAAGUAGAGACCUGCAAAAUGAGGGCGACAAUGAAACGGUUCCGUUGUUACUGAGUCAACUCCUGGGACAAAUACAGCAGCAACAGCAGCCACAGACCAAUAAUAGCUUAAUGGAUAAUGAGGAUGCCCAAUCAAAAUAUGAAGAAAUCAGAAGAGAGUUAAUAGAGUUUUCAAAGAAAAGGUUUUGGUGGUUUUGCUCUUUAGGGGUAGUUGCAAUCAUAGCGAUGCAUUUAUCAUUUUUACCGAGAACUUCACUAAGUAGGGAUUUUCGGAGAUGGCAUGGACAACAUUUGACCAAAUCUGAUGUCAAGCGGAACUAUCUUUUAUUCAGUAGUAUAGGAAAUACUUAUAAUGAAGUAGCAAACGAAGAUUAUAUUAGCUGGUGGUUAGGCAAUUUCACUACAAUAAACCGGAAAAAAGACGCUACCUUGAUAGGAGCAGAUAAUAAUGAAUUGCUUUCAUAUGUGAAGAAAAAUUUCAGGGAUCUAGGAUUCGAAACUGAGACAUAUUCUUAUGAUGUUCCCAACUUGCAACAACCAAUUUCGCUGUCAAUCGAAUUAAUUGACUCCAAAACGGGAAGUAGCGUUUACAAUGCAUCUUUGUUCGAAUCUUCUUUUAAAACUCCUGCUUAUAAUGGAUUUGGAUUCUCCGGAAAUGCUACAGCAGAGUAUGUAUAUGUAAACGAAGGUGCAAAUGAAGACUUUCAAUUAUUGCUAAAGAACAAAAUUGACCCAAAGAAUAAGAUAGUUAUUGUGGGGUCAAACAUGAAAUCUAACUUGUCUACAGCAGAGAAAUUACAAAUAGCGCAAAGCUAUGGUGCUAUUGGCUUCAUUGUCUAUAAUGAUAUCGACGAGAUAAAUGAUACCAAUAAUUAUUUGAAACUGGCCAUUCUAAGGGAUACUGUCGGAAUCGAUUUUUUUGAUAUUUCAAAGGCCAUGGUUUGUCCAACUAUUCCCUCAGUUCCAAUAAGUUUUAACUCUGUGAGACCCAUAUUAGAAACUUUGAAUUCCAACAUAAUUAAUCGUGAUUUUGUACAUUGGCAUUUUCACCCACUGAAUUCAAACCCUUUCAAAUUAAAAAUCACUACAAAAUUUGCCUCAGAUAAAAAUCGAAAGCUAACUAAUGUCUUGGGUUCCGUAAAAGGUAUUAUAAGAGAUAGUGAGAUAAUUAUUGGCGCCUCGCGUGAUUCAUUUACUAGUUCAAACCCUCUUAGUAGUCAUGCUGUUUUGUUUGAAAUAAUGAGAAACUUUCAAAGAUUAAGAAAACUAGGCUGGAAACCAUUAAGAACUAUAAAAUUUGUAUCAUGGGAUGGUACUCACAAUGGUCUUUUAGGAUCUAGAUUUUUCACAAAUGAUACUAAGGCAUUUAAUUCUAAACAGCCAGUGCUUUGCUAUAUUAACAUAGAUGGAGAUGCAGUCGCAGGUAGCCACUUUGAAGUAGACUCAAAUCCAUUGUUUAAUCAUGUCUUGAGGAAAAUUUCUAAAUUCAUUCCGAUACCUAAGAAUUCUACUAUUUUAAAGGCACAACCAAAUAAAGCCCAUCAUGGUCAUGAACAUGAGGACGAUGAAUUCACUACUUUGCAUAAUUAUUGGGCGAGACAAAAUAAUAUAUCUAUAAAUAAUUUACUUGGAGAGCUGAUAAAAAGAUCAGAUGCUCUUGUUUUCCAAAAUUUCUUGGGUGUUCCACUGAUCAAUAUCAAAUUUGAAAAUGAUCCUCUACGGGAUCCGGCUAUACAUGUUCCUAAUUCGAAUUAUUAUUCAUACGAUUGGUUGAUCAAAAGUAAGAUCGAUAAUGAGCUUCUAUUACAUGGCCUGCUAAUUAGAUAUAUCGGAUUAUUGGCAGUAUCCCUAGGUGAACGUGAAGUUAUAGAUAUGAAAACUGUUCUGUACUUCCAGAAGAUAGGCACAUAUCUUGAUCAAUUUCUCGCUGAAAAUAAAUUCAAGCUUAGUGAAUGGUCGUCCAAGAAAGUGCCAUUGUAUUUACUUGAGAAAUCAAGUCUAUAUUCAGACUUAAAAGACAAUGCAAACUCCAAUAAAAUAAAAUUUUCCAUGUUGUUAAAAGGACUCCAUUCUUUACUUGAAGACUUAGUGGAACAAUCGCUAGCUUUAGAUAUCUACAAUGAUGAUAUUGCACAGAAAUUGAUAGAAGAUUUUGCCUGGUACAACCUGUUAAAGAAGUUGAAAAUAUUUGCUCAGUAUAAACUCGCUAACUAUAGAUUACUGCAUUUUGAAAAUGCUUUAACGUUGAAUAAUAAAGAUUACCAAUAUAUAUAUGAAACUAAGCAGGAGGGUUUUUUUAACCAUGUAUUAUAUGGUGUUCCAGAAUUCUUGACUCGUGAAAAUAGUACCUAUUAUUCGUCUCGUGUUGAUCAUAGUAUAUUCCCUUAUCUUUAUAGUUCGUUGAAGGAUGAUGAUUUUGAACUUACUAUCAAGUGGAUUAUUACCCUCUAUGAAAAGUUACGUACAGUAAGAAACAAGAUCACAUAA